GAAGAAGAAAAAUAAGCGGAACAGGAAGCGGAAGCUGAAGAAGAAAUCAGGAAUCAGCUGUCAAAAAAGUAGCUAAAGUGUAAGCAACGGAACAGAAAGAGAAAUGUCCAGAGGUUGUGUACCGCACUGACUGGUUUCUAGCCUGUGAGCUCUGCCUGAAAACAUCCGCCAAUAUGCCUGCAGUUUCCACCGGGGUUAAGGAGCUGUACUUGUCCACAUCUCUGGGUGAACUCAAUAAAAAAGCUGAAAUUAAGCCAGACAAGACAAGCACCAGAAGCUAUGUUCAGAGUGCCUGCAAAAUCUUCAAGGCGGCAGAGGAAUGUCGUCUGGACAGAGAUGAAGAGAAAGCAUACGUGCUGUACAUGAAGUUCUUAACAGUUUAUGACAUCAUCAAGAAAAGACCAGACUUCAAACAGCAGCCGGAUUAUUACAUGACACUCCUUGGGACAACCAGCUUUAAGAAAGCCAUUGAAGAAGCUGAGAAGCUGUCUGAAAGCCUUAAACUCAGGUAUGAAGAAGUUGAGGUUCGAAAGAAACUUGAGGAGAAGGAAAGACAAGAAGAGAAGAAGAGGAAGGAAGAAAUAAAAGAGAAGGAUGGUGGUCGGGGCUCUCCGAAAGCAGGAUCUGUAAACAAGAAGGACAGCAAAAAGGUGAAAGGAGAACAGAAUGAACUCAAGAAUGUAGUCUCAAAAGCUGCACUACCAGCUGGUGGCAUCACGGCUGAGAAGCUUUUCCACAUGAUGAAGGACCAGACGAUUACAAUGAUUGUCAUGGAUGCCCGCAGCCACAGAGACUUUGAGGAGUCCCACAUUCAGGUCCCGGCCCAGAAGUGUAUCAGCGUGCCUGAGGAAGCCAUUAGCCCAGGAAUCACUGUGAAUCAGAUCGAAGCAAAAUUGCCAGAUGUAUCCAAAGAACUCUGGAGGCAAAGAGGAGUUGUGGAUUAUAUAAUCCUACUUGACUGGUUCAAUUCUGUCACGGACCUAAAAUUGGGAACCACCUUGCAAAGCCUCAAAGAUGCACUGUAUAAGUGGGACAGCAUCACCAUCCUACGCAGUGAGCCUCUGGUGCUGGAGGGGGGCUACGAGAACUGGCUGUUGUUUUACCCCAUGUACACAACCAACGCUAAAGUUCGACCCCCUAGGCAGACUGUUACCAACACACUCCCUCAGCUGAACUUUAGCUACCCAUCCCUAGAGGAACCAAAGCCUCCGACUCCACCUCCACCAGAGCCUGAGGUGUUACCUGAGCCUCAACCACCAUCAGCCCCUGCGCUGGUGAACGGUGUUGCACCAGCAGGACCCCCCACAUCCAAAACUUCCAUGGUUGCUGACACGUUGCCCGACGUCGUCGAUUCCCCCGUGGCUGCCUCCACAAAUUCUGAGCUGAACCUUAAUAAGAAGGGCCCUGUGGCAGGCACGUCCAGCCCCUCGCCUGCAACAGCCAAGGCCUUCCCACAGUUUGACCGUGCCAAGAAACCCUUCGGCCGGGUGGACGAACCUAAGCCCAACCAGAACGGGUCCAUCCAGAAUGGACCACUGGUCCCUGACCGUUCAGGCAAACCCCUCUUCAAUCCCAACGCUGCCUUGUCUGAAGAAGAACAAAGUCAGAUACACUCUGAGGCCGUGGCGUUGAUGGAAAAGGCGAGGCAGGAGCAGGAGAAGCGCCACCAGGAGCGUCGCUUAGAGGAGGAGAGGCGGGAGAAGGAGAAGAAAGAGAAGGAGUUGAAAGAGAAGCAAGAAAGGGAGGAAAGUGAGAAGAAGAGGAAGGAAGAGGAGGAGAAAGGGCAACAGGAGAAAAAGAAACUGGAAAGGCAGAAAGCGGAAGAAGAGGAAGACAAAGAGAACAAAGUGUGGGACGAGAAGGAGAGGAGGGGGAAGGAGCCGAACACCGACACCCCCCCGAAGAGUAUGUCUCUGGAUUCGCCUGUUCCCAACCAUAUAGUUAGUGAGAUAAAGCGGGAGCCUCUGACCAGAGCAAGGAGUGAGGAGAUGGGAAGGAGUGUGCCAGGUCUUCCAGAUGGCUGGAUGAAGUUCCUGGACACAGUGACCGGGACCUACCGAUACUACCAUUCCCCCACCAACCGCGUCCACCUGUACCCUCCUGAGGUCACCGUUCCCCAGACCCCACCGUCCACUCCGCCGACAGUCAAACAGAAAACGCCGCAGCCUGCUGAGCCAGACACCAGCCGCGAACGAGAGCGGGAACAGUCCAAGCUGAAGCGCUCUUACUCCUCCCCGGACAUCAGCCAAGACCUGAGAGAGGAGGCCCAGAAGAAGGCCACCGCCCCGACCACCGCUGCGGUCAUACCCACCAUCAACAGAGACACCAAACCUGCCAAUGUUAAAGUCUAUUCUAAAGUGGAGAUCGUGCGGCCUUCAGCAGCCAAGAUUCGCAACCUGAAUCCCACAUUCGGAGGUCUGGGUGCAACACUGACGGGCCUUCGAAACCUCGGCAACACGUGCUACAUGAACUCCAUCCUGCAGUGUCUCUGCAACACUCCGGCCAUGACUGAUUACUUCAACAACAAUUACUACCUGGAGGACAUCAACAGGUACAACAUUCUUGGCCAUAAAGGGGAGGUGGCGGAGGAGUUCGGUGUCAUCAUGAAGGCCUUGUGGGCCGGCCUGUACAAGUGCAUCAGUCCACGCGACUUCAAGAUCACCAUAGGCAAGAUCAAUGAGCAGUUUGCUGGCUACGACCAGCAAGACUCCCAGGAGCUGCUGCUGUUCCUCAUGGAUGGGCUGCACGAGGACCUCAACAAGAGAGCGGACAACAGGAAGCGCUACAAGGAGGAGGAGAACGAUCACCUGGAUGAUCAGAUGGCGGCUGACCAGGCCUGGAGCAAACACAAGCUGCUGAAUGAGUCCAUAAUUGUCGCGCUGUUCCAGGGACAGUUCAAGUCCACCGUUCAGUGUCAGACCUGCCAUCGCAAGUCACGGACGUUUGAGACCUUCAUGUACCUGUCGUUGCCCCUGGCCUCCACCAGCAAGUGCUCUCUGCAGGAUUGUCUGAAGCUGUUCUCCAAAGAAGAGAGACUGACCGACAACAACAAGGUGUUCUGCAGACACUGCCGGGCCCACAGAGAUUCCACCAAGAAACUGGAGAUCUGGAAGGUCCCACCCAUUCUCCUGGUGCACUUAAAACGGUUCUCCUAUGAGGGCAGAUGGAAGCAGAAGCUGCAGACAACCGUAGACUUCCCUCUGGACAGUCUGGAACUGGCUCAGUACGUCAUUGGACCCAAACAGACCCUGAAGAGAUACAACCUUUAUGGAGUUUCCAAUCACUAUGGAGGUUUAGAUGGCGGCCAUUACACAGCCUACUGUAAGAACGCCCUCAAACAGCGCUGGUACAAGUUCGAUGACCACGAGGUGUCUGAAAUCUCCACCUCCUCGGUCAAGUCUUCUGCGGCCUACAUCCUCUUUUACUCCACCCUGUGAUGGUGUGUAGGCUGCGGAGGAGAGAGAACACUACACCGGAGCAGCAAAGCUCAAUGCCUAGAGGUUGUUUUUUUCCUUUUCAAAAAUCACUGCUCAGAGGACCUGGUGCGCGUAGGUGCUGGUUAACUAGCCGCGUAUGUGCACGAGAGGAUGCGCUCUCGAGCGAGAUGCACAGACGGGAGAAAGGUGCAGGAACGGUGCAAACGCUUCAGCUACUUGAGCAACCGAUAGCUGUUAAAACGGGCUGUCUGUUCACAUUACUGAUCAUCUGCAGACUAAACAGAUGCUCCUUUUAAUCUGACUUCUGUACCAUGGUUGUGUUGUAGGGCUGGCGGCGCAUUGCACUCGGUGUGGACGGCGGUAUUGGUGGGACUAAUUUUCAGUUCUCUCGUACUGCGCGUGCGCCGGAUUAACAGUUAGACGGCAUGUACAUACUUAACGACGCUGAUGUUGCACAUUCGAAAAUGUAAAUACCCGAGGGCGAAGUGUUAAUCUGUUAAGUGACCAAAUGAUUAUUUUUUGUUCUUGAAGUAGCAGCCAUCAUAAUAUCAGCAUAUUCAUAAAGACAAGCAAUGUGUUUUAGGGGUUUAACUGUAUAACCUUCUGCUGUUUAUUACAUUAAGGCCGAUGGACGUGACUGUGAAUGAUAUAUUUUAUUUUAUUUUUUUUUGCAUUCUUCCUUAGGAGAGGAGGGAGCUUAGAUUGUUGCUUGUUCAUAUUAGUCACAUUCUUGCACUUAUACGAUAUGCAAUCAAUUUAAGUUGUUUGUGUAGAUCACAUUGUUUAACAGCAGACUUUAAUACUCAACUCAGAACGCUUUAAAUCGAUACGGAUGCUGAGAUCUGUCCAUUUUACUCAGUUCAGCCAGUGACUUAAAAACCCUUCCCGCUUCUAUAAAGUUUAUUAUCAUUUAAACUCUACAUUAGUAUUAUCAAACACUAUUUAGAGGAAACCUUUCUGGCAUAUGUUGACGUCCUGCUUGGUUUAUUCCAGUGAUGCUGAUUUUCUCAUUUUGGUUUAGUUUCAUUUUUGAGUUCACUUUUGAGCCGGAGAACUCAAGGACGUGAAGAACUGACCUUAUUCACUUACUGGAGUGCAUUAGUGUCAACACUUGCUGCCUGCCUGCCUAUGGGCUGGUGACUGAUGAGCGCAAGCACAAUUUUGUUUUGUUUUUUUUUUUUUGUUUUUUUUUUGGGGAAUGGACCAGGGAUCUGAAGUGACAGGAUAUCACUCCUUCCUGAGUAUUUUAUCGCCUAGCAUGAGAUCAGAAUCUGUUUUCUUUUCACUUUUACGUGUUGAUUUUGUUUCCUAAUGCUCUAAAAAUUGUUUCAGAUAUAACGAUUAUAUUAACCUCAAACAGCUCAUAUGACUAUUUAUUAAAAUUGCUUAAAAUUA